GUACAUUGAGGCAUAUCGCAACUUUGAGACAUCGAACGAUCGCAUGCGUGCUCACGAUCUAAUAGAUUACACUCAGCUGGGCAUGCGAUACAAGUUCUGCGCCUGGGAGGCAUUAUACAACACGGCACUGACUCACGCAGUCAUGGGACAGUUCUCGAACUCCUCCAGUUACUUAGAGCUGGCUCUCACGCUGUCACUGGAUGAACGCAGCACGGAGAAACUGCACAAGGCUCAGGACUACGUCAAGAGGAAGCAAGUUUUUCCUCUACACGAGCUACCCACUAAUUCUAUAUUUCGGCCGCCAAAAACGAUGACAUCCAAUCUCGAGAAGAAAGAUUAUCUCGGAAAAUCUGAGGUGGUCGCCUCCAUGGAGAAGCUCCCCAGCAGAAAGCCGAGUCCAAAGAGCUCACCGAAGCCCGGCCGUCGGGAUGCCAGCACCACGCAAACCACAUAUCAUAAUCCAAAAGACAAGCCAAAGAUUGCGCUGGCCGAUAGAACUCCCCAGUCCUAUGGGUCCAGUUCAAAUGCAUCUAGUCCGUCCAAGCUACCGAAGGUCCCACCUAUAUCUGCUAAACCCUCUGUCGUGCCUAAGGCUGCGUCGCUGUCAGUGCCUGCUACUGCCGGUCCAGCCCCUGAACGCACUGCUGCUCUUUCAAAUGGCAAGGGGAAAGUGUCAUCACACUCCUCAGGCCUCAAUGUGAGUGGCAGUAGUUCCGACUCUAGCCACUCAGUUGGAAAGCCAGUGGACAAGCCAGUCAUUGUCAAGGUGCACUACACAUACACCUGCGCUGUGCCUGUGAGACCCAACGCUAACUAUGCAACAUUCCACCAGCAAGUGGCAGGCAAGCUGCAGGGUGCUAAUAUUAGUCUGUGGUAUAAGAAGCGGAAAACAAGCAGCCUGCAACGCGUAUCAGCAGAUCGGGAUAUGCAUGAAUUGUGGGAUACGGCUUGCCCUUCAAGCUUUCUUACUCUAUGGUGCUAUGAACUUAUAGGAGAGGAAGCGGCCGAGGACGGCCAGACGUCGGUGCCGCUGUCGACGACAGAGGGCGCCGCAAUGACGCAGCAACAGGCGACAAACUUCCAGGACAUCAUAGCGGAGCUCGCAGCGAAGAGCAGGCCCGCCGUUGAUGCCUCCUCCUCCUCAUCCUCCUCCGAGUUAUCGCUCGAAAGCUCCCCUUCGAAGUCCGCCAGGAACGAGGGAGAUGUGAAUCGCGGUGGUGACAAGGUAGGGUUGCGGCUGGCGGCGGAGGAAGCGCCGGCGGCGUGGCCGUGCUGUGAGGCGGAGAGUCAGCCGUACAGCCGGCUAUCAGACUGCAGCAGCAUGACACAGGUGAGCCACGUGAACAACAACCACAGCGGCGGCAGCUCGUUCUCCGUCUCCGACUCCGAGUCAGACCUCAGCCUGAGCGGAUCGAGCUCGGCGAAGGGCGUUGCCAACAAGGUGAAGUUCUUCAAUGCGAGGCAGCGGGUUCUGGCGUCGUUCCGGGGCUCGGACGCCGAGAUGAAGCAGCCGGAGUGGCAGAGUAAUGGCAGUGUGCUACACGGGAGGCUGGGCAACGGCGAUAGGUACAGCAUCGGCGAUGGCAGCCCCGUGGAGGGCGUGUCGCUGGGCUUCCCUGGCCAGAUGAACAUAAAGGAGAAUCCAAGCGCGCGCUUUGAGGAGGAGAACAUCGACUCGAUCAAAGAGCACCUGUCUCAGUACAGCCACCAGACGGAAUCUAACCACAUGGUAACCGUGGAGACGCAUAAACUGUUUGUAGAAGGCAACCAGGUGAAAAGGCUUGAGACUAGGAUAGAGAAUAGGGUAGUGAGUGGUGACAGUAACAGUCGCUGCAACACCCCAAAAUUCACUGACUCCAAAGCUGUGCUUGAAAAUUACGAGUCCCUAAAGUGGGUAUGUAGUUGGAUUUGGCAUGCACUAGCACAAUUGAACUCUUUCUUUUGGUGUAUUUGGUGCCUUUAUAGAUUUUUUUUUAAUUUGCAAGAUUUUAAGCAGUCGUAGGAUAUUUAUUUUCUUAGAUAUAGCAUGCCGUUUUAAUGCGUUUGCUCAGCCGAUUAUUUCAGCUUGGCAAAAACUUAUUUGGUAUCUGUAACAGUAUGUACA